AUGCAGAAGAUUAUGGAGAUGGAUGCUACUAAGAGAAAACCAGAUUUUCAGGAUCCGUCUGCUAUACCCCCGAUAGACGGAGAGCUGACUAGUGCGGAGACCAGUUUAGCUCAAUGUGGAUUGCAUCCAGCAGCUGCCGCUCAGGCAUCUUUGGGGGCUGAGCACGAACCCGAGCCCGAAGCAUCGCAAGCUGAAGAUGAUCCAAUGGAUAUAGAUUUAGAACCGAUCCACGGGGAAGAAUCAGAGGAAAUGGAGCUCGAGGUGGAACCCGAAGUGGAGCCUGAGGUAGAACCCGAGGACGAAACCGACGAGUCUGAACAGCUUGGGGAGGAGCCGGAUUAUAUACUCCCGUAUGAGCAGUAUAUGGAUCCUAACUACGUGCCAGAAUUUAAUCUCUUUGAAGGACUAGUUGGGGAGGAUCAGAAUGAAGUUCCAGCCGAGUCGGAGGAGGAACUCGGAGAAGAAAACCCUGAAGAAGAGCUUGAAGAAGUACUGGAAGAAGAACCAGAGGACGAACCAGAGGAUGAGCCUGAGGAUCAGCUAGAGGAAGAGCCAGAAGGGGAGUUUGAUGAGGAGGAGCGGAUUGAGUUCCCGUUAGAGCCGGGUGAGGAGGAGGACAACCCGAUUGAGAUCGAGGCGGACUCUGAGUGCUUAGAUGAGCAGGUAGCUCAGGGGCAUUUAGACUCGGGUUCUGAGGAGUCGGACUCAGGUUCUGAGGAGUCGGACUCGGAGUAG